AUGAGGUGGUCUACAUUUGCUUUCGCUUUCCUGGCGGCCGUGGCCGUGGCAGAAGACUCUUCUACCCAAUCGACCACCGAAACGAGCGACAAAAGCACCACCACCGAUGGACCCACCGUUGUGAGUAUCACAACGCCUGUGGCAAUCCCCUCAGGUACCUACGAGCAGGUCAGCACCACUCGAACUCUGGCAGAUGGCGACACCGAAGUUCUCACCUCGACCACCGCGACCGGACACCACAAUGGCACCAUGACCACCUCCGGCAACGGGACUGUCAUUACCACCACAUCCAAUGCCUUGACCCUGCUGGUCGGAGGCGCAGGAACCACCACGAUCGGAAACAGCAGUAUGAAUGCGACCAUGACCAGUUCGGGCACUGCGACGGCCUCCCCUGUGGUGAACCAGCAGCCGUGUAACAACUAUCCCCAAUUUUGCGCGAGGAAGUAUUCCAACAUCACCAUGGUCGCUGCGCACAACAGCCCGUUCGUGCGAAAGAACAAUGUUGCUGCCAACCAAGUGUUGGAUGUGACGCAGCAGUUGAACGAUGGAAUUCGGAUGUUGCAAUUCCAGACGCAUUACGAGAAUGGCACUAUGUAUCUCUGCCAUACCACCUGCCAGUUGCUGGACGUGGGAACUCUCGAGGAUUAUCUGACACAAGUCAAUAAGUGGAUGCGAAAGAACCCUUACGACGUGGUGACUUUCAUGAUCGGCAAUUACGACUAUGUCUCUCCCGAGAACUUCACCACCCCGAUCUACAACUCAGGAUUGAAGGAUCUCAUUUACACCCCCUCCAAGGUCCCCAUGGCCCUGAACGACUGGCCAACCUUGUCUGAGAUGAUUCUCCGCCAAAAGCGUGCAGUUUUCUUCAUGGACUACCAGGCUAACCAGACCGCCCACCCCUGGCUCAUGGACGAGUUCUCGCAGAUGUGGGAAACCCCCUUCUCGCCCACCGACGUGAACUUCCCGUGCACCCAGCAGCGGCCGCCCGGUCUGUCCAAGAAGGACGCGAAGAACCGCAUGUACAUGGCCAACCACAACCUGAACCUGCAGCUCAACUUCGGUUCCCUGAACUUGUUGAUUCCCAACACGGCUACUCUCAACGUGACCAACUCAAAUGAAACCGACACCAACGGCACUCUGGGUUCUAUGGCUCUCGAUUGUGCCGAAUCCUGGGGUCGUCCCCCCAACUUCCUGUUGGUCGACUACUACAACUACGGAAACUUCAACGGAUCCGUCUUUGAGGUCGCUGCUGAUAUGAACAAUGUCACCUACAAUCGCAAGUGCUGCGGCAAAGAGUCUGCCGCACCGAUCGGUGCUUCUGUCGCCGGUGUGUCGACACUGAUCAUGGUGGCGAUGGGGGCGCAGAUGUUGAUUUCUGCAUUCUAA